CAAAGCCGGCACCACCUUUUUUUUUCUUUCUUUUCAUUUCAAAUUCAAAUCUCACAGCUUUUCCUAAGCUGUACCCUCCCUUCGCUGUACGCGUCUCUCCACAUCAUUCUUCAUAAAACUCAUCUCUCUAUCUCAGUUUCUUCUCUCAAGUUCAGAAUCAAAAUCAGAUCCAUUCGCUGAAUCCUAACUCAAAAUCAUGGGUUUGAUUCACAUAUUAUUGAUUUUGAAUGUCCUAUCCCUUGUCCCAAUCUCAAUCUCACAAACACCACCAGCGGCAACUACACCACCAGCGGCAACUACACCACCAGCAGCCACAACACCACCAGCUCCACCGCUAGCUCCACCACCACCACCGCCAAUUUCAGAUACUUGUAAUGGAGUAUUUUUGUCGUACACUCACACCAAAGCAAGACAAUUAACUCCCAACACAACUGAUCCAUCGGACCAGCCUUACAGAUUUGAAUCAACUGCGAGGAUUUUGAAUAACGGCUUGGAUGAAUUGAAAUCUUGGAAGUUGUAUAUAGGGUUUCAACAUGAGGAGUAUAUAGUUUCAGCUACUAAUGCUGUGCUAGCAGAUGGUUCACCUUUUCCUGCUAAUACCACUAGUCUUGAAGGUGGUGCGGUUUUUGCUGGCUUUCCUAGUACGGAUUUAUUGACUGCCAUUGAAACUGCUGGUGAUUUGCCACAAAUGGAAGCUAAGAUUGAUUUAGUUGGUACUGUAUUUGGUGUCAAACGUCCUCUGGUACCUAUGCCUAAGAAUAUUUCUCUUGUUAAUGAUGGAUUUGCUUGUCCUUCUCCUAAAAUGCAAGGGAACAGUUCAAUGUACGUUUGUUGUGUGAAGGACCCAAAUUUUGUAGCAAACGUUACCAAGGAAGAGUAUGAAACUCGUAAAAAAGGUGAUUUGGUUAUCAUGUAUGAUAUUCUGAGAUCGUAUGAUUCGGAAUAUUAUGCUCAAGUUUCUAUAUCGAAUUAUAAUCCACUUGGGCGAUUGGAUUAUUGGAAAUUGAGUUGGACGUGGAUGAGACAGGAGUUCAUUAACACCAUGAGGGGAGCAUAUCCGUCGAUUGUGGAUUCGAGAGAUUGCACAUUUGGACCUCAGGGGAUUUACUACAAGGAUAUGGAUUUCGCUAAUGUUUUGAAUUGCCAAAAAAAUCCAACUAUUGUUGAUCUACCUCUUGAGAAAACAAAUGAUACAACUCUAGGAAUGAUACCAUUUUGUUGCAGAAAUGGAACAAUCUUACCUCCUUCUAUGGAUCCAAGCAGGUCAACUUCCAUCUUCCAGUUACAAGUUAAAAAGAUGCCACCAUAUCUCAACAAGACGGAUCUUGUUCCACCACAGAACUUUCAGAUAAAUGGCACACUCAAUCCAGAUUUCAAGUGUGGGUCACCGAUUCGUGUUAGUCCAAGUUUAUUCCCAGAUUCAAGUGGGUUACCGAUUAAUAAGACUGCAGUUUCGAGUUGGCAAGUUGUGUGCAACAUUACUCAACCAAAGGAUGCAAGUCCCAAAUGUUGUGUCUCAUUCUCAGCAUUUUAUAACGAAUCUGUCAUUCCGUGCAAGACAUGUGCUUGUGGUUGCCCUAAGAACCCAAGCAGUACCUGUAGUACCACUGCACCAGCUCGUCUUCUUCCAUCAGAUGCUCUUUUGGUUCCAUUUGACAACCGGACUCUAAAGGCCAGAGCUUGGGCUGCAAUUAAACACUUGCCGAUCUCAGAACCUGCACCAUGUCCAGAUAAUUGUGGAGUCAGCAUUAAUUGGCACGUGAACUCAGAUUAUGCAAAAGGUUGGAGUGCAAGGAUCACUCUCUUUAACUGGGGCGAAACAAACUUUGCAGAUUGGUUUGCUGCAAUGCAAUUUAGGAAGGCUGUUCCUGGGUUCGAGAAAACAUAUUCCUUCAACGGCACUGCACUUAAUGGCUCUGAGAACACCAUCUUCAUGCAGGGUCUUCCAGGUCUGAAUUACCUCGUAGGAGAAGUAGAUGGAGCAAAACCAGAAAAAGAUCCCCGGGUUCCAGGGAAACAGCAAUCUGUUAUUUCAUUUUCUAAGAAGAAGACUCCUGGAUUAGACAUAGUCGCUGGCGAUGGAUUUCCAACAAAGGUCUUCUUCAAUGGGGAGGAAUGUUCUCUUCCUUCAGUACUUCCAUCCAGUGCUUCUAUAAUCAGUUCAGGCAUUUGGGCAGUCGUUUUAGGUUUUGUGGUUCUCAUGUCGAUGCAGCAAUGACUGGAAUGAGGGCUCCCCUUUUUUUUGUUAAUGAAGGAUUCUUUAUUCUUUUUGGCGGUAUUAUCAGCAAUGACUGGAAUGAGGGCUCCCCUUUUUUUUGUUAAUGAAGGAUUCUUUAUUCUUUUUGGCGGUAUUAUCGUUCAGGAACUCCAAAUUUCUGGUUCAUGAGAUAGUCUGAAUGAUGAAAAUAUGGAAUCCAGCUACCGUUGGAGUAGUAUGAACUUUUCAUAUUAUUCUGGUUGAAAAAUGUCACCUGUUUUUGGAGCAUCUCCACUAAAGAUAUGUAGUUAGUUGUAAUGUUGAUAUAUAUUUGGUUGCAGUAUACUAGAACAGUAUUAAACAGCGUAACUCCAGAUUACUUGUGUGUUUCUUUGUCUUCCAAACAUUUGGUUUGAUUAUACCAUCAAUUUACUUUUGUUUUU